AUGCGUUACGCCUACGUCUCAUUGGCGGCUUUCGUCCUUAGCGCUACCGCCGCGCCAUCUUACCCCCGUCCCGACGACGCUGGAAAUGCAUUCAACAGUUUCCCUUUCAUGGCGGGAGGAACUUCAGCUGUAGAUGACGAUGACGAUGGAAUGGAUAGCGCCAUUCCAGCCGCCAUGGAGGCCAUGUAUGCCGUUGAGUCCGCAAAGGCCUAUGGAGUGCAACAGGCUGCUGCUGCAAAGCCAUCCCACGCAGCUGUGCAAUCUGCUGCUCACAAGAUGAUGCAUAAGCCUGAGGCACCUGUCGCCCCUGAGGUUCCUGAGGCUCCUGUGAACCACAAUGCUCCUAUGGAGAUGGCAAAGCCUGCCGAAGAGACCAAGCCUACUGAGGAGCCUAAGCCUGUUGUUGAGCCCAAGCCUACCGAGGAGCCCAAGCCUGUGGUGAAGCCAGAGGUAUCUGAGACUCCCAAGCCGACCGCUCAGCCAUCUCCUUCGGCUGAAGAUGUCGAUAUGCCGGAUCUGGAUAUGCCUGGAUUUGACACAAUGCCUUCCGAGACUCCUAAGCCAACCGAAAAGCCAAAGCCCGUGGUGAAGCCAGAGACAUCUGAGGAACCUAAGCCGACUCAAAAGGCCAAGCCCACCGAGGAGCCCAAGCCCACUGAAAAGCCACAGCCUGUGGUGACACCAGAGGUAUCAGAGACACCCAAGCCCACUGAGAAGGCUAAGCCUACGGAGGAGCCCAAGCCCACUGAAAAGCCAAAGCCUGUGGUGACACCAGAGGCAUCAGAGACACCCAAGCCCACUGAAAAGCCCAAGACUUCUAAGAAGCCCACACCCGCUACGAAGCCAGAGACCUCGGAGACACCCAAGCCAACCGAGAAAGCUAAGCCUACGGAGGAGCCCAAGCCCACUGAAAAGCCAAAGCCUAUGGUGACACCAGAGGCAUCAGAGACACCCAAGCCCACUGAAAAGCCCAAGACUUCCAAGAAGCCCACACCCGUGACGAAGCCAACUGUGUCCGAAACCCCCAAGCCAGCUGAGACGCCAGCUUCUGUGGCCGAUGAUCUGGCUAUGCCGGAUUUGACCAUGCCUGACAUUGACGACAUGUCUUCCGUGGAGCCAUCCGCCAAGUCCAAGCCUUCCCCUACUGAGGAGAGCAUGCCUCUGCCCACCGAGGAAUCCGAGGAUGAUGAUGGCCAGGAUGAGUUUCUUCCCUUUGAGAACGUUGUGCCUCCGAUGCCGCAACCUGUUGCUCCUUCACCCACAUCCCAAGCCGCGGCUGUUGCUCCUUCGUCCACUUCGCAUGUUGUGGUUGCCAAGCCUACACCCUCGCACAGCUCUUCCAUUCCUCUGAUUCCGAAGCCCUCGCCAUCGAGUUCUUCCAGCUCUUCAGCUAGUGUCACUCCGGAGUCCUCGCCCUCGAGCCCUUCCAGCUCUUCUGCUUAUAUCACUCCGAAGCCAUCGCCUCCGAGCUCUUUCAGCUCCAUGGUUAAGCCUACUCCUCUCGCUCACUCGUCCCCGGCUCCUAUGAGCAAGCCGAGUAAGCCGACGUCCACCCCCUUGAUUCCCAGCCGUCACCACGCCUCUCUUUCUGGCUCUGCUACGCCCUCUAGUGACGCGCCUUCCAGCUCCACUCCUACACCAAAGGCAACUGAUGAUGCCCUCGGUGGUCUGGAUAAUCUCGGCGGUGUGUCCCAGCUUGUCGGUGGCCUGCCUCUCCUUGGUGGCCUCCUUGGCAGACUUGGCGGCCGUUAG